CACAGUUACGCCACCAGGAGGAGCCAGAGUGGAGAAUGAACUACAUGAACAGAGAAGAAGAAGAAUCCACUUCCGGUGGUAGACGCAGCGCCGCACGGUGCAAGCGUGAAAGCUACACAGUUAGCCACCCUGUUUAUUGUCGCUCGCCUGAGGGAGAACAGUGAAAUACGCUGCUUUGCUGUUUAAUGGCAACGAGCUAAAUCACCUCACUCAGUUUCCAAUCAUUUCCAGUCAGGCUUCACGCCAGUAAGGGAAACUGAAGCCGCCGUGGCGCUGCUCGGUCAACGAGCUCGAACUAUUGGAAGCUAGCGCCGGAAAGCAGCCACACCGCCAAGAUGGACGGUGCUGCUGCUGCUGAUACAGCUGCUGCGACGACCACAGAGGAGGAAGCUGGAGACAACCCGCCCGGUGGACACCGAGCUUCGGAAAACGACGUCGAUCCUCCAACUGAGGACACAGCAAAUGACAGGGGUUUCUGCUGUCAGGAUUGUGGAGAAGCCUUCAAAGAGGAGCCUGCCUACUUGGAGCAUCGCCAGCAGCACCUGCAAGAAAACAUGAAUUUAGAUGACCAGUUGGAUGGAUUACAUAAUGGAGAAAAAGACAAUGAAGCAGCAAAUUUUUGUACAUUUUGUUCACUGUCAUUUGUUGAACCGAGUGACUUCGACUUGCACAUGGAGAAGAACCAUGGACAAACCUCCAAAAAGGAGUCUGGUGUUCAGACAAAACCUGGCAUAAUGAAGCAACCUGCCUACGAAUGUCCAGACUGUGGGAAAUGUUAUAUGUCGCUUGGACACUUUCUCAACCAUCAGCGUUCACACUUACAAGCCUCUAAAUCAGUUUUUCGUGAGCUUGAAGAUUUGAAAAAGAAGUCAUUUCAGUGUGAAACUUGUGGCCGGAAUUAUUCCCGUGCUUCAGCUCUUGAUGCACAUCGUCGUUGUCAUGAGGAAAAGUUAUUCAAGUCACGAAACAGGAAUUCAGGAGAUUCAUUUCACACUGAGGAGUCGGGAGUUGAAGCCAAGCCUUCUGAAACUCAGGCAGACGAUGCCCCUGAAAAACCUUUUCAGUGCCCUUGUGGUAAAGCCUUUCCUGCUCUGUCGCGCCUGAAAGCUCAUCAGCGAUUUAGCGGCAAAAGUCAAUGCUCCACAGAUGAAUUAAAACCAAAACCAAAGAAGAACUGCAGUGAAUUUCAUUGCAAUGAGUGUAAAAAGACUUUCAGUGGCCACAUCGCCCUCUUCAACCAUCAGCGAUGGCAUGAAAAUCGGAGAAAAGACUCUGCAAAAAGGUUUUUAUGUGAGAAAUGUGGAAAAGACUUUAUGACACUGGCAUUUUACUAUAGGCAUCAGCGUAUGGUGCACAGUGACGAGGCCCCAGCAAAAUCAUUCCUCCAUCAAGUUUGUCAGCUACAGAAGAAGGCAUUUGAAUGUAAGGAUUGUGGGCUAAAGUUUUCCAGGGCUUCAGCACUUCAGUCCCAUCAGCUUCACCACACAGAUGUUUUUAAAGAAACUGAGAAGGGAAUCAGGGUACGCACCUCUCCCCUAUCUCAACAUAAACAAUUGGAAAGUGAGAGAAAAGACACUGAGAACAUGGAGGUAAAUGUGGAACCAGAGAGGCUGCUUCCCACCAGUAUUGCUGCAGAAGACUCUCAAAGAAAUGAGAGUGAUGAAGACAUGGACAGUUAUGAGCCUGGGGACUUUAAUGUUCAGGUGAUCAGUGCAAGUGAAUCUGAGGACGACUCUGUCAAAGACCACAAUCCUGAUCUGGAGCUGCUGUGUGAAUCAGAUCAGGAAUUAAGAGACGACGAUGACACAGAACCUUCCUCCAGUGGUCUCGUUUCCAAACCAGAGAUGGACUUGAAAAUUGUAGAAGUCGACUUCGAGCAGGCAGACGAGCAGUGUGCACUGGUAGCGAGCAUGGCCGAGAAUGAAUCCACAAAGAAAAGAUUUAAUUGUCCAGACUGUUACCGUUGGUUUACUCGUGCUUCAUCACUGCGCGUUCACAGAAUGUGGCAUGGCAUUCAUAAAAGACGCCAAACUCAAGAAGAAAGCCAGUGCAGCAUUGACUGUAAGGAAUGUGGAUUGAAGUUUACGGACUGGGACAUUUUCAAGACUCACCUGCACCAGCAUUCCCUGGAGGAAGAGGAGGAGGAAGUGGAUGUGGAAGCUCUGAAACCAGAUAAUGGCAACCUUGCAGCAGAACUGCUUCUUGGGAGAGAAGAUGAAGGUGAAAGCGGAGAUGAAGACGAUGAAGAUGAAGAGAUGGAUGGUGCUGACAAUGGGUGCGAAGCACGCAGCUCAUUAACAAAAACUUCGGAUUUAUCGCAAAGUGCAGAAGACGCCUCGUCGAUCAGCAAAUUGCGUCAAGUGUACUGUUGUAAGUUCUGUGGGAAGCUUUACACGUACAUGGUGUCAUACAAAAAACACCUAGAGCAGCAUAAACGGAGGCCGUCUUCACCAAAACAGUCUGCCCAGACUUUGAAUAAAUACGAGUGCCCAUACUGCGAGAUGUCGUUCCACAGGCGGACACGGCUACUCAGUCAUCUGAGAGUUCACACACCACGCAAACCACAACGUUCCAGAUGUGACCAGUGUAACAAGGUCUUCCCUUCUCAACAAUUGUUUCUGCAUCAUCUGGAUCUUCACAAAAAGAAACCAUUUUGGUGUCUGAGUUGUUCCAUCGGCUUCAGAAAUGAGUUGUCGCUAGAUAAACACCUGCAGCGUCACAGUCUGAGGCAACACAAGUGUGACAUUUGCCACAAGAGGUUCCAAAUGUCCUCUGAGCUCAUGAUUCACUCCAAAACCCACGCUGCAGCAAAGCCACACAAGUGCUCAUUGUGUGGGAAGGGUUUUUCACACAAGCCAAACUUAAUUAAACAUCAAAAGGAGCAUUUUUGGAUUUUCUUUGGGUCCAGUGAAAACUCUCAGGGGAUCAAGGACUCUGAAAAGAAGACACCCGCUCUCGGCAGUGUCACAGGGGAGCUGCUUGAGAAGGGAAAAAAUGCGCAGCAAAAUGAAACUCAGACGCCAUGUCAGGAUGCUGAUGAGGCUAAUUCUGAAGAGUCAGACUGCGGGGAGCCUUUACAUUACUUAUCUGGCACGGCUGAUCCACUCGAUUGGUUGAAAACAGAAAGUGUGCAACCACAGGAGGGUCAAGAGACAAACGUGCACAGAGAGCAUAAAUACUGGGAAUGGGAGUGUGUUGAAUGUGACAUGGGCUUUGAUGAUGUGGCAAAGCUGCAUUUGCAUUAUGUAAAACAUGCUACAGGGGAGCUGCCGUUUCCACAGUUUGAUGUUGAGGGAGCUAACAGCCAGAACACUGAGGUGCUGGGACGGCAUGUUCAUGCCGGUGUUUUAAGGAGGCAGCCAGAAGCCCUGAAGUACCUUGGGAACCACCUCCAGCACCACCUCUCGUGGGCCCAGGUGUUUGGAGGAACUGCUUUUAAUGAAACAUAUGAACAAUUUGAGAGGCCAAGAGCGAUGCAGAGUUCCACCCAGGCAAACAACGGGCCAACCCCUGUGACCACAGCACCCACAGAUCAACCACUGGACACAGGCACAGAGGCUCAGCCAGCACCCAUUGAACCACAUGCACGAGAAGAGGGGGCUGCAUCUGAGGCUCCUGUUGAGACUGACACAGUAAUCGCACCACAGGAAAAUGAGGCGGGGGCAGUCGUGCAGGCAGUGGAGAACCAGACUGCUGUUCAGCCGCUGAGUGAGUCCUCAGAAAAGCCCGGAGGGAUGAAGAUGGACUCUGCUUUAAAGACAUGUGCGCCCACAAAAUGUGACACAAACACAAAUUCUCUGUGUGAUGGGCAAAAGGCUAAGAAACAGGAUAAAGUUGUACGUGAUGGGAGGAAAUAUGUUCCUUCCAAGAAGGCUAUGAUAGAUCCUCUGAAAAUGGACAUGUCCAAACAACUGGUCAUGCCUCUUACAUCAUCUCAGCUCUCCCUGCAGUGCAUUGAGUGCCACAUAAUCUUCAGUGACCACAAGAGCAAGGAGCGUCACCUGAAGUUGAGCCACCCAGCAGAAUAUGAACAUUGCAUACUGAAGAACGCCCUGUUUGCCUGUUACGUUUGUGACCGCCACUUUACAAACUCCACAGAGCUCAUGGCUCACCAGAAAGCCCACAUCGAGAAGAAACCCUUCAAGUGUCCGAUCUGCGGCGUGGCCUUCAACAAGUCGUCCGAGCUUACCAUUCAUAAAAAGAUUCAUUUUGGCCAGGACGGCUAUGCCUGCACGGACUGUGGCAAACCUUGCAAAACUUUGACAUUGCUCAAGUAUCAUCGACGCACACACACUGGAGAAAGGCCAUACGUUUGCAAGGAAUGUGGCAAAAGAUUCACCAUGUCCAAAGCUCUGCAGAAACAUAUUGUGUCCCACCUGCCAGAGGGAGCGGAGCUAGAUGAGCGGGCUGCCACAGCUAAAGCACAAGUGAAGAAAAAGGAUGGUGCCUCUACAGUAAAAUAUUCUUGCUCCAUAUGCAAGGCAAUUUUCAAGACCACCAAGACACGGCUACAUCACAUGAAAACUAAGCACAAUGUGUUGCCUGCUGCAGCCAGACAUGCACUACCAACUGGGCAGCAAGUGAAGCAAAAUACACCCAUCAUAACGCCGAUAUCUAUUUGCCAACCAGGACUAUUACAACUGGAGCCCAAUGGACCGCUGCAAAAAGUUGAUUCCAAUAUUGACACAGAGCAGAUUCGCAGACUGAUUGAGUCUUUAGGAAAUGUGCAGAAAGUGAACCAAGUUGUCAUAUUGGGGCAGGUGCCGCCUCAUGCACCUCCACUGGAAUUGCAGCAAAUUCCACAUCUGGCAGAACCAGUAAACAUCAGUCCACCUCAGAUAGAUUUUAUAGGACAGUCAGAAUCAAAGACAAUUGAACUGGACACUUUAAACCACCAAUUUGAUCCAAUGGAGCAAACAAUUAUACUGGAACCUAUUACACCGGACGGGCAAUUGGAAAACCCUCAUUUCCCAGAAUUAGGUUCCCACAUAACCAUAGGUGAAAGUAUAGAGCUGACAUUUGUUCAGACUGAACAAACAGAGAGACACGAGGGAGAGGUGAUGCAUCAGAGCCUUCAACAGCCUGAGAUUAGUGCAUUUCAGUCUGACCCAGUGAAUCAAAUGGUUUGUCAGGAUCAAAACCUUGAGCAAACGUUCAUAUUAGAACUCACCCCUGCUCUGAUGCCGACAUUGGAGCUGGAACAAUCCAAAACUUUGCCAAAAGAAGAAAUCCCGUCUUCCUCUCUUGUGCCAACCACUGAACUGGAGAAGACUCCAGAUCAGACUGUGAUAGAUGAGCAGGAGACUGGCCUGUCAGUCCCGACAUUUAUGUCAACAGUUGAGUUGGAGCUGACACCUUUACAAACUGAGCAACAGGAAGUCACUACCUGCCCUUAUGUUCCAUCAGACACACUCACAGAAACCCCAAGUGAAUCUGAAAGAAACGUCAAAGAAGAUGAUGUAUCACUAGUGCAGACAGAAAGUCAAGAUCUAAUCCACAAUGUGAUGGACGGAGUUGUACCACAAGAGAUGCAAGAAAAGGCUUUACAGGAGCCAUUUGAACAAGACUCCUCUGAGAAAUUGUUAGUAGAUCAGAAGACGGGUCAGGAACAGUUGUCUGAAGUUGAGGACGCAUCUGCUCCAAAAGAGAUUCCAUCGCAGUUAGAGUCUAAGCAGGUGCCACAGAUUUCAGAGUUACCUGUGAAUGUAAUGUCAGCUCAAGAGCUAGUUAAAGUGCGGAAAAGAAAGCCAGCCAGGACGUUUAUCUUUCAAGGAUAUAUACAAGAACAGGUCAGAUCCAUUAGAAAGGAUGAUUUACAAAUUGAAGCCAAACCUCCCAAACGCCAAAGAACAAAAAAGUCUCAUCUUGUUGUUAAAUUUGGUCCGUCGAGCAAAGAAAAGAAAAUCAAGAAACAGAAGAAGCCAUCACAGCAGCAUCAGCCAACUUGGGAAGAAGAGAUAACAACAAAUCUCUCACCCAAAAAAGCCUCAUCACAGAAGAAGGGAAGAAAGGGAAAAAAAGAGAGGGAGGUGGGACACUUGGUAUCUACAGCUGAAAUAAAAUUACCCUCAUUAAACCAGGAAUCACAGGAGCAACAAAUCAACCUUGAUACAAGAAAAAAGCAUACAAGAAAAAAUAAAAUUAAAAAGCAAAAGGAACAAGCCAGGGAGGGUGUGAUGACAGUAAGUGAACACAAAACUGCUGUUUUGCCUGUUUUUAAAAAGAAAAAACAAACGAAAAUAAUGCGAAAAGAUCUGCCCAAGAAAGCAAAGGAUGGGAAGAGAAAGAAAAACCUGGCAAAAAAGGAAGAAGUUAAUACAGACACAGCUUCAGCAGAAAUACAAGAACCACACAUAACACAAGACCCGCUUGUUCUACUGAAAGGCCACAAACAGCCCCAGCUGAAAGUUUACAAGUUAGACCCGUCAAAGGCAUCAAGUCAGAAACAGGAGGCUUCACCUGUUGAUGCCGGACCAAUGUCUCAACAGAGUAAAGACAACAAACUCCCAACAAGUGAGUCUGCAAAUAAUCUCACAGCAGAAAAUAAGAAGAAAGGAGGAAGACCAAAAAAGAACCAAAAAGCUCUUUCGUUGUUGUCCUCGCUACAGAUUUCCCGUCAACCAUCAGAGACACUACCCACCAAGCCAAAGACCACCAGGAAGCGCAAAGCCUCCUCGAAAGUAGAGACAGAGGGUGUAAUAACCUCCUCUCAUUCCAAACGUGCCUUAGAGUGUAAGGACUGCGGGGAGAGAUUCAGCGAACUCUCGUCCCUUCAGAAGCAUAAGGCGACGGUGCAUAUCGUCGAGAGUCCCAGUCUCACGUACACCAAUGGGAACAUCUUUGAAGGGGUCUCCAGGCUGGAUCUUUACCAGCUUCCAAAACAGAGUGCUAAGGCUGUUGGGGUGAUGAAUGCAGCUGCAGACUGGGAUACUGAGCCUGAGGUGACAGAGUUGGCUUUAGAAGACCGAGAGCGGACUGUCUGUUUUCCAGCUUUGAUUCCAUCCCCGUCUUUACCUGUUCCUCCUUCAGAUGUUGAAAUGAGUGCCUGUGAAGAUAAGCAUGGUAGUAAAACAGAAGCCCAUGUUAAAUUUCAAACCUCUUCAGAUGGUUGCUCUUUAUCUGAUCAAGGGAAAAACUGUGAACCGCCUUCAAAUUUCACAUCUGAAUCUGGUUUAAAUAUCUCUACUCAGACAAGGAAUUUUGAGACUGGGGAACCUUUAACAUCAGAUGAAGCAGAGCAAGAAAAUUCAAUGCUGAAGAAUCCCAGCCCAGAGUCUGAAGUUCAAGCUACAGUGGAUGAAGACAUCAAGGAGGAUUUACUUCUUGAGGUGGAUUUAGUCACUGUUGGGGAGCAGAAUGAAAAAGAUGAAAGUGACCCAGCUUCAUUGCAAGAAAGUGUUGCUCAAGAUGAAUCCAAGAGGAAUUCUGAGUGUGGAAGCACUGAAACACCCACAGCACCUGGGCAUGAAACAAUAAUGGAAAAAAGUUUAACUUGGCAAACAGUGUCGUGCUCCACGCAUCAAGUGGAGAUCAAGGAAGAAGAGGAAGAAAUGGUAGUCCAGAGAAAAAAAGUUGAAGGGAAAGGAGCUGCAAUAAAUAACGCUACAAGGGGCAGGAGACGAGGAAGAGGACAUCUAAAAAGGGGCAUGAUAACUAGGACGUUUUUAGGUGGGGAUACUGUCAAAGGAACAGAAUCAGAGAAAGAACAAGAUGAAUGUCAGGUCAUUUAUGAAAAACACGCCAUCACCCCUGACUCAGGAGCUCAUGAUGAAGUUGAGACUGGCACAAAGACUUCACAGCCAAAGACCAAUCCUGAAUGUGAGGCCCAAAAAGCUACUGCUCCUGCCGCGUGUUUGCCUCACGGGCCCCCUGCGUUAGAGGAAUCUCCUGAAGAGCAAGUCGUUUUUGAGCUGGAGUCGGUCACCACGAGUGUGGAGGAAGUAAUGAAUGAAGGAGAGGAACAUGACCGGGAGGUUGAUCAGUCUCCAGGCAUCAUACUGGAGAAAUUCCUCACCUCUAGACAGAGAGAGAUUGCUGACAAAGAGCUGUGUCUGAGGACUGCAAGGAGCAAUCAAAGACAGGGUUUGGACAAUAUUACUGCAAAUGUAGUUCAAGUCCCUGGGAGCCGGGAGAUCAAGGUUGAAGAGAAUAUCUCAGAUCCGCUGUUGGUUGCACCUUCCAGUCAGAAUAGGCUGAGGUUAAAUGUGCAGCCACAUCACCAGCGUGACAUCAGGACUGUUCUGGUGAAAGAGGAGAGCACCCUCGUGCUGAAUGAGGCUCAGGCCUCACACGGCAGCAGGCAAAUCAGAUGGAAUGUGGAGCCAGUGAAUGAAAAUGAAAACACUGCAACUCCAUUAAUACAGACUGAGGAGACAACAAACAACAGUCGCAUCACACCAGAGUUCAACACCAACCAGUGUAUCUUCUACCCAGUAAAAGAGGAGGAGAGGGAGCUUCUACUGGGAGCCACUCAGACCAGCAGAGGGAGUUUAACACCAGAGGGAUCCAGUGUUGCACAUCAGACAGAGCAUCAAAGUUCUGAUGCUGCUUUAUAUGAAGGAAGGCAAGCCACACAAGACCGCCAGGAGAUAGGAGUGAGAGGGCUGUUGUCAGAACCAGGGGUCAGUGACUUUGCACCUGGACAAGCAAAGGCAGAUGCUGAGUGGCCUCAUCCACCAGACCUCCGGGACUUUCUCCUCCGGAGCUCUGAUGAAGAGGAACGAGGUGAACUGUCUGAUCCUCAGCUUGACUCGGAAGCAGAAGUGAUGGCUUAUUUUUCCAAGAACAAGACCAUUUGUGCACGACAGCCAGAUCAAACAUCUCAAAAUUUGUCAAACUCAACAAACCAGCUCCUUGCACCAAGAGAUGAAAACAGGACCAGGGAGCCUAUUGAUUACUUCUCCAAAUACUUUAGUUGGGAUACCUGGGAAGAAAUUGCCAAUUGCACAAAUAAACUAUCCAACAUGUCGAACCCUGUCACAGCCAGGGAGGUUGCAAAGUUUGUUGGGAUCCACGUUGCAAUGGGAACUCUGAAGUUUCCCAGUCCGAGGCUCUACUGGGACGAUUUGACAAAGGUUCCCUUAAUUGCUGACGCCGUACCACUUUCACGUUUCCUUGAGCUGACUUGCAAGUUGAAGUUUGCUUCUCCUGCAAACGAUCCAGUCAACAGUACUAUUCAGGAAGAAAGGCACGACGUUGAUUUUCAAAAUAGACAUCAAGACAAAACUCUGCCAAGCAGUCAAUUUGUAAUUUCUCAGCAAAGUGACGGGGAAAGCCAACGUGACAAUACAAAUGAUCCAAACACUUCCAAAACACAGACUGAUCCACUGUGGAAGGUUCAGCCAUUACUGAGCCGCUUCAAAGCAGGCUGCCAGUCCCUGAGAAGAGAGGGUGAUUAUGCAGUUGACCAAUAUCUACUACCAUUGACCGGGAGGUUGCACAAUUACAAAGUGUCUCUCUACUGCACUACAUUAAUUGGAUUUGGGGGUUUACUCCUGCAUGUGGAUUUUAAAUUGAAUCUCUCCGACAAAGAAGAUGCUGUAGAGAAAAUGGUCCCUAAAGGAAGUAUGGUGUUUCUUUGCAAACAGGAACUCUCCACCCCAGCAAUGCUGGAACGCCUGCUGGUUGCUGGAGUUCAUGGUGCAGGCAGGGUGGGUGGAGCACGGGGGCAGAUUGGGGAUGAGUUUGUGAGCUCAGACGGGAAGCUGAUGUUACGCAGAUCACACUGCGGAUUUAUUCUUUCUACUGCGGGGAAUGGCCAGAGGAGCAUGGCUUCUCUCACCGACAACUUUGAGAAGGCCCAGAUGUCGGCUCUUCUCAACAGAGAUUUGCGAAACCUUUACCCUAUUCCCCUCACUGCCUUGGCUCCAACCUGCUGGCCUCAAGCAGUGCUCUGGUACCUGACAGAUCUGGCUUUGGUCAACUCCUGGCUCUUGUACCGACAGGAUCAGCAGGCACCUUCUGCACCUUUGACUCUCAUGGCCUUCAGACUGGAGGUGUCCAAGGCUUUAAUCCUCUCCAGUGGCUCUGAUACGCAGGACUCUGUUCCCCCUCAACCCCCUGUAGAGAAAACCCACUCAACAAGUGAAACCCCCAAUCCCACCAUGGUGGAGGAAUGUCCUCUGCCGGAUGCAGCCACGCGCUACGAUGGUUCGGGCCACUGGCCAGAGCAGCUUGGGGAGGGAGAAGGGGGCAGGUGCCGUUUUGGUGACUGUCAGCGAACAUCUCGAGUGCUAUGCCUUAAGUGCUGUGUCUUUCUAUGUAUCUCACGCAACCACAAUUGUUUUUUAAAUUUCCACAAUCAAGGCAGUGUUGGGAAAGAGUAGUCUUUACCCAUUGCUUUUCACAUUUAGGCUAAUCAAAAACAAUGCUCUUUUAUCAUCUAUCCUUACAACUUUCCCAUGAUGCCUUUCACUGGCAGUGUCUGUUCUUUUGUAAGAUGAUUGUGCUGCAACUUAGAAAAACAAAUGCUUUGGGAUAUGGCUUAUUAUAUUAUUGAGCAAGUGUAAAAAUAAAUUUGCCUUCAGGAGGAAAUGUAAAUAGAUUAACUCAUAGCUAUACACUUUUUCUGUAAAAGAGAUACAAAUGAAUUUGAAAAAUGCAGUUACCAUGAUGUUUUUUACUUUUUAUUUAAACUUGACUCAAUUUACUUUCCAUGAUGAGCUUGAUUUUAGCUCUGUGAUUGUAACAUUAUUUAUUUGAAUUCCAUGAAACAAUUAAAACAAUUUUAGUACCAAA